AUGUCGGCUAUCCUCGAUGCAUGUGGAAAUGAUACCGGUUCUCCCUCAAUAUCGAAGGCCGAGGAUAAUCUAUCCAACAGCGACGGACCGUUGAUUAAGAGCUGUGUUCGUCGAAAUAGUUGCAGUAGCGUUCGUACAAGAACAACAAUCGUGUCAUCCCACACAAUGUCGGCAUUUAACGAGAAGUCAACAAAACGACGCUACUGUCUCUGGACGUUAACCUUCAUUCUGGCGAUAAUAGGUCUCUGUAAUUUGCUGCUCAACAUCACCGUGAUCGCCGUGUUACGCAUCAGUCAAGGAAUGGAGGCAAUGGAAGUGAUACCAGACGAGAAUCUUGUGAAAUUUUAUGGGAAAACUGACUUGGACAGGGUGUGUUUACAGUCUGGAGUUUGUCAGAGUUACGGUGACGAAUCAAUGGAAAUCGCUGGCGACGAAGCUGGUGUGCAGAUAGACGUGAACAGUCAUCGAUUACAUGAUGAGACACGCGCGAAAGUGAUGAUUUUACCAAACGGUACUACAAUGUCGAAAAUAGAGUCUUUCGAGAUAAAAGAUCCCAAAACUGGGACUAUUUAUUUUACAACCGAUUUUCCGAAUUUCGGUUUACCUGCAGGCGUGAAGAAAAUUGACGUUAAAAUCGCAGAAACGCACAGAAUCACGUCACCGGUUAAUGAAAGUCUCACUGUGAAUUCUGACGAUCAGAUUUCUAUGCAGGGUGCAGAAGGUGCUAGCAUGGAAAGCAAGGAUAUUGUUUGGAGCGCAAAUACUGAUAUUUUCUUGAAAAGCAUAAACGGAAGUAUCGUUCUUGAUGCGGAAGAUGGUGUAUCCAUCAACAUCAAGAAUAUACCAGUUGCACCGAUGUUCCUGCAAAAUCCAACCGGUCACGAACAGUACAAAGUUUGCAUUUGCAUGCCCCAAGGGAAACUCUUCAAAGUGCCAGUUCGUACGGGUGCUAGCAGUCGAUCGGUGAAUUGUGCUCGCAUCAGUCGAACUCCGGAGAAUGAUCCUUGCUUACGAUAG